AUGAGCAAAUACAUAAAAUUAAUUUUAGUAAUAUUUUUUAACUUGCUAGCUCAAAUAAGAGCUUAAUACAGCUAAUUCUGCUUAGCGACCGACCCAGUUGGAAAUUGUUUAAAAUGCUCAGAAGGGUUUUUAGUUGAUUAAUUGGGAUAUUGUGUUUCUGUUUGCCCUUAUUCUUUUUAAUACUAUUCAUUUAUAAAGAAAUAAUGUGUUUUCGUUUGCGAAACAGGAUAUUAGGAGAAUUCAAGCACAAGUUUAUGUGAAGAAAUACUCUAAUGCCCUAAAUAUAUCAGCCAAGGAUAGAUGUCUCAUGUAUAAGAAAUUAGAGGAAUCAGAGUUUACCAAGAUUAAUGGAUUCUUAGUUUUUCAAGCGAUAAGCUCAUAUUAUGGAAAGUUGAAAAUAGUAGAAUUAUGCUCAUAUCAGACUAAUAUUAAGAGUAAAAUCAAAUAUUUGAUGUUCAGUUUAGUAAUGGUGGAUAAUAUUUUUACUCUUUCUCUGCAAAGCAAGUUAUCAUUUGGAGUGUUAGCGAUUUUUAAAAAAUAGCCAUUAUAAAUCUGAACGAAGAUGAUGAUGUAGAAAUAAAGCAAGGUUUCGUUAAAUUUGUUAUGAAUACUUAGCAAAAUUUCUUGAAUUAUUUUGUUGGUUUCUCUGAUUCUUUGCAUAAAAUUGCAGUUUUAGUGGUUUAUUCUUCAAGAAGCUUUGAUGAAGAAUAUAAUAAUUAUAAUGUCAUCUAAAUAUUAAAGGCAAUCCCUAUCUAAGAAAACUUAAAAAGUGUAGAAAUAUUUGGUAAUGGAAGUAUUUAUGGAUUGACAGCAUUAGGCAACCUUUUAUUUUGGGAUGUUGAUGAAGAUUCUCCAUCGCUUUUGGUUAGAAAUAUUCUAUUGUUAAAUCUAAAUCUAAAUUUCAGCUUAGUAUAAAAUAAAAUAACCGUAUUUAAUGGUACAGCUUUAGAACUGUUAAAUGGAUCCUAGCUUUUAAUAGUAAAUGCUACAUCUCUAAAUUAACAAGUAGUCGUUUACAGUUAACCUGAUUAAACACAAUCUAUUUAGUUUAAAUAAUAUGUGUUUAAUUAUUAUUUAAAUGAAACUUAUCUUAUAGAUUCGGAAUUUAUAUACAUUUAUAAUAUGACUAAUUCAUAGUAUUUGAUCAAGUAAUAUCAUAACUUAAGUAUAGCUAAUUAGCCUAUUUCUUUGGAACUUUCUUUACAAGGAAACUAUCUUUUAAUAGAAUUGAAUAACACUUCUUAUAUAUAUGAAAGAUUUUAACAGGGUAAUUAUCAAGGGAACUCAAAUUAGACUUCAAACAAUGAAUUUAUUUUUUAAAAUAUAAUUUAAGAUUAUGAAUAAAUCAAAACAACUAAUAAAGAAUUAAUUUGGGUGUCAAAGGAUAAUUAAAUAGUUGCUAAAUAAUUGGUUAAAGAAUAAAAUAACUCUUCUACUUCUUUAUUAGAUGCUUUUAUUCUAAAAAACAUCGCAGAGGAGCAAAUUAUAGUACCAAAGAACGAUUCAUAGCCGUAGGAUUUGGUUUAUUUUGAUGAUUUUUAUGUAAUUUCAUUUGCUUAAAGUUUAUAUGUUUGGAGCUACAAAGACCAUACUUUACUUUAUACAAUAAAUUUUGACAAUCCUGGAAAUAACUUUUUGAAAAAAUUACCAAAUGAUAAUGAACUUCUCAUUUUUAGAGAUCUUUCUUGUACAUCACUCAUAAUUGAUUGCUUCAGUAGCAUAGAAAUAUUUUAAUUAGGCAUAAAUUAUGCUACAAAAAAGCAAUCUGUGGCUAAUUUAAAAACUGAUUUCUAUGCAAAAGCUGUGAAUAUGAUUAAUAGCAACUUAUAUGUCUUGACUUCUACCCAAAAUAUAUUUUUAUUCAUUCUUAGCAAUUAAUACCAACUUAUUAACUAGAAUAAAAUUUAUGCUACAAAAACUAAAUUUAAUAAUGCAGCUAGCUACUUCUAAUAGAAUUAUCUAAUAAAUAUCUUUAAAAGCUAAGCAGUAAUUGAAGCAAUAGACCUAUAAAAUCAAAAUGUUUCAAGUAUAUUCUAUUAAAUUAAAUAUAAUGUUUAAAUAAAUAGCUUUUUCUAUUCUACUUAAUCACAAGCUUUAACCAUUAAUUUAGUGAAUAAUACCUUAUUAAUAUUACAUUUCAAUUAAACUGGUUUUUUACUUUUAUCUUAGAAAGAUAAUUUGGAAGAAAGGGUCCUACUUUCUGCUUAUGAUAUAUUUUUGAAUAGAUUAGUGAUUAUUUAAGGAACUUAAAUUGUCACUUAUGAUGAAUCAAGAAAAAUGGUAAUUUCAAAAGAGUGGACACCGGUAUAUUAUUAAAUUGCAGAGAAACCAAUCUUUAUUUAAACUAAAAGUAUUCAUAUCAUAGCUUUUUAGAUUAAUAGAUAAGCUUUAGUAAUAUUUGAUGUUUAUUCAUACAAAGUUUUACACACAUAUGAGUUUUAUUCCAUAAACUAGCUCUCUUUUAUGAAAUUUAAUGAAAAAAAUAAUAUCUUACACUUAACCUGGGUAAACAAAACACACAGCUACCUGCAAAUUGAAAAUCCUUUCAAGAAAGCAUUAUUUUAAAAUCAAACUAAGUUUGAUCAAAAAGGAUUUACCUCAUAGAUUCAAUAGACAUUCUAGGCUAACGAUAUUUUGUUUGAUUAUAAAACAGGAGUUGCUGUGAAAAUAGAUUACUUUAACUAAAUUAUUAUUUGUUUGGAUAUUGCAAAUGAAGCGAUCAUAUAAAUUUAUUUUUUAUAAUAUUUAAGUUAAGAUUGCUUUUUCAUCCCAAAAUAUGGAAUGAUCAUCUCUGAAAAUAAAUUCACAAAUAAAUUAUUUGUAUUGUAUUACUACAAUAGCUCAAAUCCUGUAGAAACUUAAUAUUUAGUUGAUAAAAGUUUUGUUGAUAAAUAGAGCUUGAAUAAUAUAAAACCAAUAAUCACUGAAGAUCAAAACUAUUUAAUAAUUUUAACUUAAUAAAACAUAACACAAAUAGAGUUAAGUUCCAUGAAAAUAGUAAAUCAAGUAAAUAUUAGUUAAUUUUUUACAUAUAUUACUAACAUUGAAAGCACUCUCACUAAAAACAUAUUACAAAUAAGAGGAUAUUACUAAUAUAACACUGAAUACUAAAACAUCUAAUAUGCACUCUUAACUUAUAAUCUUUAAAAUUACACAAUUAUGAAAUACAACAUUUAUCAAAACUGGUCUUUCAUAAUCUUAAAAGAAUAGACAAGCAAUAGCGAUCACUUCAUAGGAAUUUCUAAUAAAGGAGUUAGUGUCAAUUCUCUAUCUAAAAACAUUCAAUAUCUUUUUUUCUCUCUUGAGAAUUUCAUAUCAUUCAAAAUAAUAUCUAAUUACCUUGUAGUAUAAACUAAAACUGAUGGAUUAAUUUUAAACUUAUAAGAUUACUCUCUGAUUGAUGAAUGGUCGAAUGAGUAGGAUACUAUUUAAUAAAUUCUGUAUAUUGACAGAAUGUAACUCAUAGUGAAGAAAAAGCAGUCGUCUGUAUAUAUAAGUUAAGCCUACACUGGAAUGGUGCUAUUUUUGUUACCAAUCUAGUUUAGCAUUAUUGAUUUCAUUUACUUAGAUAUAUAUAAUAUUUUAGUUCUUUAAAUGUCAGAUGCACUACUCUUCAUUGAUCUAAUUGCUUACAAAUAAAUAUAACAAAUCGCUUUUUCUUGCAUUAAUUUAAGGAUGUUUUACAUUAAAUACUUCAACGCUAUCUUAAUGAUAGAUAAAAAUUCUAAUAGUAUUUUCCUUUUUUCAUAUGACAUCAUCAUGUAAUUAAACCUAAAUCCAGCUUCAAACAAUUAAAAAUAGAUAAUGAUUGGUUAAGACUCUUCCAUAUACAUUUCAGAUGACGAUUUUUAGCUUUGGUAGUUUAGCGAUUUUGAGUACUAACAAAAGAUGAUAUAAAAGUUUUAAGGUCCUAUACAAUAUCUAUCAAACUACAAAGAUAACUUACUAGUUAUUGCAGAUUAGUCGAUCCGUCUUUAUAAUAGCUAAAAUCAAAACACAGGUAUUCAAUAAAGUUUUCCUAUUCUUUUAGAUGAGCAGCCUUACCUUUUUACAAAUGGUUAAUAAUAAGUUUUAUUUUUUGUGGGAAGAUAAUCGAUUAGAAAAUUAGAUCAAAACAUUGAUGAUAAUCUUUAAUUCAACUUAACUUAAAUUUUUAAUUAGUAAAAUUUAGUUAACUCUACAUCUGAAAUAACAAGCUUUACAUAUUCUUUCUCUAUAUAAACACCAAUAUUCUCAGAUAAUAAGGGGUCAAUUUACUUUAAACUACAAAACGUAGCCUAAAUUGUUCUUAACUCAAAUGAAAUUAUUUCCUAAUUAAAAUAUUUAGACUCAAUAAAUUGUCUUCUGAUUUAAUCUAAUACAAGACUAAUACUUUAUGAUUUUAGCUAUUCAAAUAACUCUUAGCCAAUAAUUAACAACUUUUAAUAAAUAAUAUAUAAUAUGAUCACUUACAAGGACAGCAUAGUAAUUGUUACCUUUGAUUACUUUUCAAUUAAGUUUUUGAUCACAAAAAUAAGCAAUCCAAAAAACCAAAAUAAUAGCUCCAUAUAAUUAGUUUAAGUUAAUUAAUUUAUCAACCCAACCUAUUACCCUCAUAGAACAUCUACUAGAAUUUUAAAUGAUAAUUUUUUAGCAAUAUAUUCUUCUUACUAAUUAAACCUUUACGACAACAUCAAUAAUUUGCUUAUAUUUUAAGUAUAAACUGAAACUUAGAUUAUUGAAUUAUUUUAUUAAGAUAACUUACUUUUUAUUUCUACGAACUAGACAUUAUUUUUACUCUGCCUAGAGUAGCAAAACCAAAGCAAUAGCUAAACGAACAAUUCUACUUAUGUCUAUUACAGUUAUUAAAAAUUUUCACAAAAGUAAUUCCCAAUCCAGAAGUCAGUUAUAUUAAAGAUUAAUACCACUUUUUAUACGCACUAUUUUUAUAUGGAAUCGGUUAUAAAAAACCCAAAAGAAAUAAGGUAAAUAAAAUUUUACAUUAAAUUUGAUCCAAGUUAAAUAUAUUCAGAUUCAUAAUAAGACACUUAUGUACUUUAUUCUGAUUAAAAAGGUUUAGAUUUCUUUGAGUAUAAUAAAUAAUUAAAUUUUUGUUACAUUGAAAUAAGUUCUAACUAAAAACUCUACUAAAUCACUUAGGCUGUAUAGACAAGCAAAAAUGUUAUUGAUUACUAUUAUCCUGAUAACAAAAAUUCAAUUCAAAUAAUUUACCAAAUAGGAUAACCUUUACCUUAUAUUCUUUCUUAAUUCCAAAGCGAUUAAUUCAAAAUAAAAUUUAUCCCUUCUCAAAAAUAAGAUUUAAAUUUGGCUUUUGUUAAUGGAUUCUAACCUAAAUUUCUUUCUAUUUAAGGAUUUAAUAUCUAGCUGAAAUCUUUUCCUUAUAAUUUUUACACUAUAACUUAUCCUGUUAAAACUGUUAUUUUUGAUAGCCUUUAAUUUGAACGAGUUAUCAUGAAUGAAAGUGAUGAACUUAACUAUCCAGUUAUAUAUAUGUCAAACUUAGAUGCAGUAAUAUUACAUAAUAUAACUAUUUACAAUUAAUCACUUGGAUAUGGUAAUUUUUUCCGUUUCCAAAGUAUUCUGUAUUUAGAAAUUAAAAAUGUUACAAUAAAGAGAUCUACGCUAACUAACACAACUCUUUUCAAUAUAUUUGAGAUAGAUCAAGUCUUUAUAGAAAACGUUGUAUUUGAAGACAUUGAUUUAGUGGAUUUUAGCUCAUUAAUGAUAAUACAGAAAGUGGUUCAGCUCAGUAUUAAAAACAUAAAUAUAAUCAAUACAAAAUAAAUUUCAGGUAGCCUAAGUAUCUAAGACCUUAUUAAUUUGAAAAUUUAAUAAACAGAUCUAAAUCUUAAUCUAGUAAAUAUUUUUGGUGUUUAAUCAACUGUAAUAGACACAGCUUUAAUUCAAAAUAAUUUAGAUACACAGUUUCUUUCAUAUUAAAAUAUUUACUUUGGUAGUGAUGCAGUUAUUUUCCUGUAAAAAGAGAUGAUAAAGUUGAUAAAUUUAAAUUUAACUGGUAAUUAUAAUACUUAAAAUUACGUUGCGGCAAUCUACAUUAAGUCAAGUCAAAUUUCAAUCAAAAACUCUACUUUCACUAAAAAUAAUUGUACUUUAUGUUACAGAGGUACUUUGAUGUAUAUUUUUGGUUCUAAUUCAUUUAAGUUAAAAUAUUCAAACAUGUCAGAAAAUGUGGGUAUGAUGGGUAGUGCUCUCUUUGUAGAGUAAACAAACAUAACAAAAAUACAUAAUUGUAUUUUUGAAUAAAACAAGGCCUUAUCUUUUGGAGGAGCUCUUUAUUUAUAAUAUGUUUCAAAUACAACGUUCUAAGAAACAUUAAUUCAAAAUAAUGUAGCUGAUAUAGGUGGUGGAAUUUAUUAUAAUUCAUUUUAUAAUUAGGUCUUUGAUAAUGUAACUUUAAUAAAUAACACUGCAAGCAUUUACGGUUAAAACAUAGGCUCAUAUCCUAAAAAAAUAGUAAUUUAAAGCUACUAAAGUAGUUCUACACCCUUUAAUUCAGAAAAUAAAGAUAAUUUAAAUAGAAAUCUAUAAGUUUAAAACUAUUAUGUAAAUUAAUAUUAAAGUAGAACAUUAUAAAGUUAAUAUGAAGAGGAUCAGCUGUAAUAAAUAGAUGAUCUAGUAGACUAAGAUAUUUCAAAUAUAAAUUGGUAGGUUUAAAGCUAACAUGUAAAUAGGCAGUAAAAUAGAAUAUUAUAAAGUUAAUAUCUAGGAGGACAGCAGUAAUAAACAGAUAAUAAUGUAGGCUAUUUCAAUCAAAGUAUGGAAAUAAUUAAUUUUAGAAGUGGUGAUUUUCUUAAUUUAGAAAUAUAAAUGUUUGAUGAAGAAGGUAAAUUGAUAUAUUUACAAAAAGGGGUAGAGUAUUAUCAUGAACAAAGUAUCAAGCUACUGCAAACUUUCAUAAUUUUAGUCAACCCAGAAGAUAAAGAUGGGUUAAAAAUUUCAGGAAAAAACCAAAUUAAUAUUUAAAAUGCCUCACCAACUGACGGUCUAUGGAGAUUUAAUGAACUUAAAAUAAUUGGACACCCAAAUUUACAAAAUAAAUACUUUAGGAUUGUCAUGGGUUAAAUCAAAUAAUAUGACAUGUAUAAUUACUUAUAAAGCAAAAAUUUUUUAAUAACUAACUAUCCUACUUUCGAAGUAAGAGUUGCAAUAAAUUUUAGGUCUUGUCUAAAAGGAGAAAUAUACAACUGUGAUGAAGAUAACUAAUUUUGCACAUGCACACCAUGUGCAAAAGGAUCAUAUUCACUAUAAAUAUAUAAUGAUUCUAAAUCUCGCUAAAUAUGUGAAUUAUGUCCUAACUCAGCUGAGCUGUGCUAAAAAGACUAGAUUUUUCUAAAAUAAGGUUAUUGGAGAAUAUCUAAAGAUACUGAUAAUAUAGUUUAUUGUUACAACAAGCCUUCAAACUGCUUAGGUAACCUUAAAAAUGAAACACUAGCAGGAGAUUUAACUUGCAUUGAGGGUCAUAUUGGACCUCUUUGUGAGUCAUGCGAUACAUAUGGUAUACUUUGGAAAAAAUCUUAUAUGAGAUUAAGUGAUUAUAAGUGUAUUUCAUGCUCGGAAUUAAAUGAUUUUACUUCUGUUCUUCCAUUCAUUAUGAUUUUCACAAUUAUGGCAGCUUACAUAAUCUUUUCAAUCAGGGUAACUAUUCAUCUCUCCAAAAGAUAUGUUUAUUCCUACUACUUCAAAAAAUUUGGUAUUGUACACAUAGGAGUGUCUAACACAAAAAAUCAGGCAUAAUUUUAUGUGAAAUAAUUUAUGCACUACAUUUAAAUUGCUGUUAUAGUUAAUUCAUAUGAUUUUAAUGUACCAUAUUUAACUGAGUAUGUUCCUUAUUUAAUAAGCUCUCCUCUAAAAAAUACCAUUUAUUCUUUUGACUGUGUGUUUGCCUACUUUGUAAGUAUUCCUAUAGUCUAUUUUAGGUCAAUAUGGUCACUAAUAGUUCCAUUUUUUUACUUAGUAACUAUAACUAUAAUAUACCUCAGUAUCUACAUAAUGAAAAAACCAAAAAGAUAUAAUAAAUUUUACAUUUACAAUGGCUUGCUAUUUAUGCUUGUGUUGUUUUAACCUGGUAUUGUUUCUUCUCUUUUUUAUGUUAUUUCAUGCAGGUAAAUAGCUGAUAAGUACUAUAUUUCUGCUGAUGUAACUUAUGAAUGCUACACUAAACAGUACUUUUAGUAUCUCCUUUUGCUGAUGAUUCCAGGAAUCAUACUUUGGGGUGUAGCAAUACCUUUUUUCAUAUUAAAAAAUAUUUACAACAAUAAAAGUAGACUUGAUUUAUAUGAAGUUAAACUUAAAUUUGGAUUUCUUUAUGUUGACUAUAAAAAGCAGUACUAUUAUUGGGAAUUCAUUAAAAUAUACAAAAAAGUCAUCAUUAUGGUCAUAUCAAUCAUGUGCGAGGGUAUUUUCUACACAAAAUUGAUUCUUAUAUGUGCAAUAAUCAUAAGCUAUUUGGUAUUUUGCAUUAAAAGACAACCUUAUCUGAUCAAAAGUUUUAAUGACUUUGAUUUGAGAAUUACUUUAGCUUUGUUCGUUUUAAUUCUAAUUAAUUUAUUCCUAUAUAACAAAGACGAUAGCAUAGUUUACGAUUUCUUUAUUUAUGUAUGUGCUUUUCUACAUAAUGGGAUCCUAUUUGUUUUGGUUUUACAAAUUUUGGUAACCAAAAUUAAAAAUAGAUACGUCGGCUUCUUUUACAAGCUAUUUUUUCGUUUAAAAAAGCUGAUCCCUUCACUGUUCAAUUUUAUCAAUAUAUAACCUCCUAUUGAUGGCAUAAGAUCUUCUUCAAAUUGGAGAAAAGUAUAAAUUGCCAAAGAUGUAAUUGUGCAAAAUAUAUAAAAAGGAAAUCAUAUUACUUCUGUUGAACAGCUAAGGAGACCUUAUUAGGAUUACAUAUAAUAACUUUAGAUGAGCCUAAUCAGUGUGAUUAAAUCAAAAAAGAAUAGUAAAAGCAAUUAAGAAAUAGGUCAGUCCACACCUUCAAUAAGCAAGCUGAAAAGAUUAACAGAAUUCUGGAGUAAUAUGUCUCCUGUGUCGGUAAAAGCUUAGAAGCGAUCAAUUUUAGAAAGUAAAAAAAGGGAAUUAAAUUCAUCAUAAAACUAAAGCAAAUCUAUUUAAAAUAUAGUGUUCCAGAAAUAGAAUAUGAAAAAACCAAAAUCAAUUUUAGAUUUCUAAACAAAACAUUUCAAUUUAUCUAAAAUAAACUCUUCAGAAACUUAAUAUGCUAAUCCAUUAAUUUAAAUGGAGCAAAAUUAACCUUUUAACAUGUCAAAGCAAAAUUCAAAUUUAGUAUCAGCUUAGAAGCUAGAAGACAACAUAAGCUCAUAAACUUAUCUAUAAAAAAACAGUACUCCUAAAUCAAAUAAAAUAUUCACACUGGCAUAAAACAACGGGAAAGAGUAGGCAACUGCUCAGAAUAACAAUUAAUUUUCUUUACUAUAAAAUAGCAUAAAUGUUAAUUAAAUGCAUAAAUCUAUAUAUUAAUAUUCAGCUUAAAAUCUUUAGGAUGACACUAAUAUAGUAUUUUUCAAUAGCGGUGUUCAGUUAAGCCCUUUAUAAAUGAAAGGACAGGAAUUCAAUUAUCAGUACAGCUCUCAAAAGUGGUCACCUUUAAAAUAAAUGAGCCCAAAACAUAAAAAAGAAAAUAACAAAGAUAGUUAGAAAGAGCAGUAAUUUAUUUAAAUAAGCUCUUCUUCUGGAGAAGAAUAGUUAUCUGAAUCUUCAAUCAGUUCAUAUUGUAAAUCAGAAUAGAGCAUAUAAGAGGAUUAUAUCAAAGAUAACUAUUAUAGAGAUCAAAGAAGCAAAUCCUUAGGGGAAAGUAUCACAAAUAAAUAAUCAGAUGUUGAAAUUAACUCCUGCAAUACUAAUUCAAAAUAAAUGUCUUCACCUCAGUUUGAAAGAAAAAAUUCUCUUUAAAUUUGUAUAGGCCAAUCAUCAGUUGCUAAAAACUAAGAUGAAAAGAUAACAAGUGAUGCUAAUUUCAUAAAUAAUUUAAGGAUUGACUUAAAAAAUAUACCCGAAAAAUCGGUUACCCUAAAUAGCUAAAGGUUUUAAGUUAGAUAAGAUUCUCUUUUCUCCUUUCAAUAUCAUGAGAAAAUACCUUCUGUUCCUAAAUAUAAAUUUUACAAUUCAUAGCUUUCAAAUAAAUUAAACUCUUAAGAUAAAAUUUAAAACUAAAAUUAAAUUUAAUUUAAUUUCGAUAAGCAGAAUUUAGAUCUUGGUGAUUCACUUGAAACCAUGAAACAUUUUUAAAGUACAUAAGAGUUAUAAAAAAAUAUCUAAAAUAAUUAACUGACCAAUACAGAAAAAGACUAAAAUUAGCUUUAGCAUGUGUCAGUCAAAAACGAGCCAUAUUAAACAUAGCAAAUUAAAAGAAAUAUCAGUGAACUAAAGAGAUAAACUUCUAAUUAAAGUAAAAAUUAAAUACUUGAAUUUUAAAAUGAAUCAAACUUAAGACUAAGUGAAUCGAUAUAACUUGAUGAAUCAAGCAAAGCUGAGAGUGAUAAACAAAAGUAAGUUAAUAAAUAAGAAAAAACUUAUUUUUAAAAAGACUGA